CAGGAUUUGGUUUGAAAGUAAGGUCAGAAUUUAGUCCUUAGACUUACUUGGAGUUAGGUCCUUUUUUGUUUGUAUUGAAAUGAAGAUUCUUCUGUUUUUAGCCUUAAUUGUGAAGAUAAUGGCUGAGGCAAAAGAUGGAGACUGUGAUGUGAUCCCGAUAACUCAGUGGGGAGAUUCACCGCUGAAAAGAGAGGAACCUCUUCCCAAUCCAGUGAAAAUUGUGAUCAUCCAACACACUGUGGUACCGGAGUGUAAUAAUGAUGAAGAGUGCGAGAAAGCAGCUAACGGAAUCAGGAACUACCACAUUAACAAACGUGGAUUUACUGAUAUAGGACAAUCGUUCCUAAUUGGUGGAAAUGGAAGAGUUUACGAAGGAGCUGGCUGGCAUCACGUUGGGGCUCAUACUUUGGGCUAUAACCGAAGAUCUGUGGGUAUCUCCUUCAUUGGCGAUUUUAGAACAAAAUUACCAUCACCACAGGCUCUGAAAGCCUUCAACAGUCUCCUGGAAUGUGGAGUUACGAACAACUAUUUGGCUAAGAAUUAUCACCUGGUGGCUCACAGUCAGCUCUCUAUGACUGACAGUCCUGGAGACAUGCUAAGGAAGCAGGUGGAAUCGUGGCCUCACUGGCUGGAUAACGCCAAAGGUGUACUUAACUAGAUGAAAAUAAUAUAUAUUUUUAGGGUUCUUGCGAUAUAGCAGCAUUUUUAUGGGAUAAGGCGGCCUAUAAAUAUACUUGUCAGUUGUCAUACGAUGGCAUAGUCGGCGCCGCUAUUGGACAAGGCAUCCAUCAUCAAAAAUUUGACAUAAUAUAACAUCACGCCUUUUUAUCCCCGAAGGGGUAGGCAGAGGUGCACAUUA